ACCCUCAACUCACUGUCCAAGUACUUGACCACUAGAAUACCAAUAAUUUCAAGCAAUGGGUGAGCCAAAGAGACUCCCCCUCCUAUAAAUACCCACCACAUCACCCACAUAUUCCUACCAACUCCAUUCCUCUCUCUCCCUCUCUUGCUACCACACUGAGAACCCUUGUCCCUCUCAGAUAUUGAUCAUCACUACACAUUAAGCACAAUGUCACGAUGAGCAUGAUGACGAUGAUGACGAUGAUGCGUAAUGAUCUAGUAGUAUUCAUUUGUUCCGCUAUGGUGCUUCUGUUUGUUGUAGCAGCAUCAUCGAACAGUACGAUGGCGAAAACGCGAAGAAGUGCGCUUUUCUUCAAAUGGGAGGUGAGCUACGUGUUCUGGUCCCCGGACUGCAUGGAGGGGCUCGUCAUCGGCAUCAACGGGCGGUUCCCCGGCCCCACCAUUCGAGCCAAGGCCGGCGACACCAUCGUUGUCGAGCUUAAGAACACAUUGCCUACUGAAGGAGUCGUCAUCCAUUGGCACGGCAUUAGACAGAUCGGAACGCCGUGGGCCGAUGGGACUGCCUCGAUCUCUCAAUGCGCCAUCAACCCCGACGAGACCUUCGUCUACAGGUUUCAAGUUGACAAGGCGGGUACGUACUUCUACCACGGGCAUUAUGGGAUGCAGAGAGCUGCAGGGUUGUAUGGGUCGCUGAUUGUGGACGUGGCAGAAGGCGAGGAGGAGCCCUUUCACUACGAGGGGGAGCUCAACCUGCUGCUUAGCGACUGGUAUCAUCAGAACGUCUACGCCCAGAUGGCUGGCCUCUCCUCCAAUCCCUUCCGUUGGAUCGGCGAGCCCCAGACACUGCUGAUCAAUGGAAGAGGGCAGUACAAUUGUUCGACAGCGGAACAGACUAUCAGGGGUAGCGGCACGUGCGAGAUAACGGGCAGUCAGUGCGAGCCGGUAGUGCUGCAAGUGCAGCCAAAUAAGACCUACAGGAUUAGGAUUGCGAGCACCACCUCUCUGUCUUCCCUCAAUUUGGCUAUUGGGAAUCACAAGAUGACGGUGGUGGAAGCAGAUGGAAACUACGUAAAACCAUUCGUGGUAAAUGACAUGGACAUCUACUCGGGCGAUAGCUACUCUGUCCUCAUUACUACUAACCAAAACCCGUCGUUGAACUACUGGAUUUCUGUCGGUGUCAGGGGUCGACUCCCUAAGACCCAGCGAGCUCUCGCCCUCUUGAACUACCUUCCCAAUUCCGCAACAAAUUUACCAAAAACUGCACCCCCCGCGACACCAGCAUGGAAUGACUACACCCACAGCAAAUCCUUCACCUACAAAAUCGUAGCCAAAGAAGGCACUCUGAAGCCUCCCGUAAACAGUAAGAGGCAAAUUGCCCUUCUGAACACUCAAAACAAGAUUAAUGGCUGCAUCAAGUGGUCAAUCAACAAUAUCUCCUUAGUCCUACCACCAACCCCCUAUCUUGGAUCGAUGAGGUAUGGUUUAAAAGGAGCAUUCGACAUGACCAAGCCGCCCGAGAAGUUUGCGAGGGACUAUGAUGUGAUGAGGCCUCCGCUAAACCCGAACACGACACAGGGAAGCAGUGUGUACAAGCUCGAGCUCAACAGCACGGUCGACGUGAUUCUUCAGAAUGCCAAUGCACUGGCCGACAACGUCAGCGAGAUACACCCGUGGCACCUGCACGGGCACGAUUUCUGGGUGUUGGGCUACGGAGAAGGAAGGUUUGGAAAGAGAGAUAUGGCGAAGUUUAACUUGAAAAAUCCGCCGCUGAGGAACACGGUGGUGGUAUUUCCCUACGGAUGGACGGCUAUCAGAUUCGUGGCGAAUAAUCCUGGUGUCUGGGCAUUUCACUGCCAUAUAGAGCCACAUCUGCAUAUGGGUAUGGGUGUAGUGUUCGCCGAAGGUGUCGAAUUUGUAAAGCAGAUACCGAAAGAAGCACUGGCAUGUGGGAUGACCGGUCAGAUGUUAAUGAACAACCACCUCUAAUUGCUCAAGAAGUACUUGUAGUCCACCUGUUCUUCUGAAUUCUGGUCUGAGUAUGUAAUGUUGCUUUUGUACUAACUUAGAUGUAAGAAACCACCAUGUAUGGAUGAUUUUUGAUCAUGUGAGAGUUACUACUAUCUA